AUGGAUCCCAACAUGAACAACCUCCUCAAAUGGAGUAUCAAAGCCUCCACUGAGAACAACGGCGCUGCAUUUGACAACAAUGGCACUGCUGCUGCUACUGAUGGUACCUCCAGCUCUGCUUCUCGCGGUCUUAACCCUGAAAUGCUUUCCGCGCUCUUCGGCGGUCCUACCGAUGCCGACCUGAUGAAAGCUUCGAUGCAAGCUCUGCGCUCCGAUGAGGUCGACCUCCAAAAUAAGCUGAUCGCUUUCGACAACUUUGAGCAGCUGAUUGAGGGCAUUGAUAAUGCUAACAACCUGGAGCCGCUGGGUCUGUGGACUCCUCUGGUGGAAUUGCUCCAGCACGAAGAGGCCGAGAUGAGACGCAUGGCGGCCUGGUGUAUUGGCACCGCGGUACAGAACAAUGAGAAGGCGCAGGAUAAGCUCGUCGUUCUUAACGCCCUGCCCAAGCUCGUGACCAUUUCCACCACCGAUUCCACCCCUAACGUUCGCAAAAAGGCCAUCUACGCCAUUUCCUCGGCCGUCCGCAAUUAUCAGCCCGCCAUGGAUGAAGUGACCAAGAACCUUCCUGAGGGCUACUCCCGCGAUAAGAUUGAUGCGGGCGAUAUGGACGCUGUAGACGCGCUCAUGGAUAAGCUGCGGGCUCACCCGGUUGAGUCUGCUUGA